UCACAACUGUCAUCUGUCCUUUUUCAAGAUCACCAGCUGUCAAAGCCGAUCUCGUAACUUUUCGUAGGGCGAAAAAUUAAAUAAAAACAUUAAAAAUGGCCUUUGGAGAUCUUAAAACUGAGAAAGGAGUCAACGAACUCAACAAGUUCUUAGAGGACAAAAGUUACGUUAGCGGAUACACCCUAUCCCAAGCCGAUAUUGACACAAUCAACCAGCUAGCCAAGGCCCCAUCAGCAAAUCAACCGCACGCCCUACGUUGGUACAACCAUGUUAAGUCUUUCUCGGCUGAAGAACUGAAAGGUAUCGGGGCCUCUCCGUUGAAGGCCGGUACCACCACAACUGCUCCAGCGGCCGAUGAUGAUGACGAUGUUGAUUUGUUUGCAUCAGACGACGAAGAAGAAGAUGCAGAGGCCGCUAGAAUUCGCGAAGAGCGCGUUAAGGCUUACGCAGAAAAGAAAUCGAAGAAACCCGAACUCAUUGCCAAAUCUAGUGUUGUGUUAGAUGUGAAACCUUGGGACGAUGAAACUGACAUGAAGGCGUUGGAAUCUAGUGUUAGAACAAUCCAAAUGGAAGGUUUGGUUUGGGGAGCUUCAAAAUUUGUUCCAGUCGGUUAUGGAAUCAAUAAGUUACAAAUUAUGUGCGUUGUUGAAGACGCGAAGGUGUCUAUUGAUGAGCUCACAGAAAAGAUUCAAGAAUUCGAAGAUUUUGUUCAGUCUGUCGAUGUUGCAGCCUUUAAUAAGAUUUAAACAGCCAUAUUUUUCAAUUAUUUCUAUGUGUAAAACACUUUAAAAAUAUAUUUUCAUAAAAUUAA